UCACUCUAAUGCUUGUGUUGUGAGUUGGCAGGUUCAGGCAUGCUCCAGGUGUUACACAACCUGGCUAGAACCAGUUAGGCAGCUUUGAUAGACCGCCCUAUAAAGAGCUUUUAGCCUUUUGCCUUGUUGUUUCACUGCUUACAGUCAUUGAUGUGUGGACUGGCGGUAAAACGUGACCAGAUACCUGUUUUAUUGAGGACAGAUUUCAUCCAGUGACCUCUGUGGAGCCCUCGAUGGUCGAGUUGGUUGUAACUCGCCUGAGAAAAGAGAAGACUGGAAAAAAUGGAAAACAAUCUCUCGGAGGGAGCGAUCACGACCCUGUCGGAGGUCAGACUCGUCCUGAUUGGUGGGAGAUGGGCUGGCAAGAGCUCCUCUGGCAACACCAUACUGAGAAAGGAUAGGUUCGAGUGUGGCCGGACCAGAACAGGUCAGUCUGAGGUGAGGCAUGAAGAGGUGGAGGGCAGGGAGCUCACCGUGGUCGAUGCUCCGGGAUGGAGCAGCUCCCUCUCCCUCACCGAGAUCCCAGAGGGGGACAAGCAACGAUUUAAACUCAACGCGUCCAAGUGUCCGCCCGGACCAAUGGCGUUUCUCCUCGUCAUUCCCAUUGACACGGCUUUCUCUGCGGAGCAGAGGAGGACCGUGGAGGAACACAUGAAGCUCCUGGGGGAACCGGUUUGGAGACACACCAUGGUGCUCUUCACCUGUGGGGAUUACCUCGGGAAGAAGACGAUAGAGCAGCACAUCGAGAGGGAAGGAGACUCACUCAAGUGGUUGAUAGAAAGAUGCAGGAACAGGUACCACGUGUUCAAUAACAAGGAGAAGAGUAACUCAACGCAGGUGACCCAGCUGCUGGAGAAGAUAGACGAGAUGGCGUGGCACAACAAUGGCGGUUACUACGAGGUGGACGAGCAGACGUUUAACAUCAUUAAAGAGAAGCAGCGAGAAGUGGCUGAGCGGGCGGAAGAGAGGAGGAGGAAGUCCGAAGAACAAAGACUACAAAUGAAACGACUCAUUCCAGAAGAGAAGAAAAUCCUCCCAAAACUCAACAUGGUUCUCUUGGGAAGCCGCAGCGUUGGGAAAACCUCAGUGGGGAACACCGUCUUGAGAAUCAAAGAACAAGACGACGGAAAAAGAACGGCACACUCGGAGGCCCGGCGGGGGUUUGUGGGUAAAACAGAAAUAACUCUUGUUGACACACCAGGUUGGUGGAAAGGCUUCUCCGUGUUUGACACUCCUGAAGCGAUCAAAGAUGAAGUGAUGCUCAGCCCGUUCCUGUGCCUUCCUGGGCCUCACGUCUUCCUGCUGGUGGUAGACGCAGACGCAUCCUUUAAUGCCAAACACCUGGAUGCAGUGACAACACACGUGGAUCUUCUCGGUGAAGGAGUGUGGAAACACACGAUGGUAGUUUUCACCAGAGGAGACUGGCUGGGAACACACACCAUAGAGGAGUACAUCGAAGGGGAGGGAGAGGCGCUGAGGUCUCUGGUUGAACAGUGUGGAAACAGAUACCACGUCGUUGAUAACAAGAAUGCAGACGACGGCACUCAAAUCACAGAGCUGCUGGAGAAAAUCACUGAGACGGUGGCUGGAAACGGUUUGGACUACUUUGUCCCAGACCAGAAGAUAUUUCUGACCAUUGAAGAGAGAAGAAGAAGAGUGGAGGAAGGAGCCAUGCUGAGGCAAAGUCAAGUCAGGGCCAAGAGAAGAUCCCUCAGAGAUUCCAGGGAAGAAUUACUGGACCUGAAGAUCAUGAUGCUCGGUCAGAAGACAUCUGGAAAGAGUGCAACAGCAAAUAACCUCCUGGGUAAAGAAGUGUUCCCCACCUGUCAGAAUAAGUCCUGUCAGGUGGAGGAGGAGGAAGUUGCUGGCAGGCGAGUCACAGUGAUCGACACCCCGGGCUGGUGGAGGGAUCCCUCCCGCUGCCCUGAAGAGAUGGACAAAGAAAUAGUCCGAGGUCUGUCGCUGAGCCCUUUAGGGGUUCAUGCUCUUCUGCUGGUCGUCCCCUCGGACCUGACCUUCAGAGAAGCUCAGCAGGCCGCCCUGGAAGACCACAUGAACCUCUUUAAUGCCAGCAUCUGGAAACACACCGUGGUUCUGUUCACAUACGGAGACAAGCUAGCAGAUAAAUCCAUAGAGGAACACAUUGAGAGGGAGCACAGCGCUCUGCGCUGGUUAAUUGACAAGUGUGAGAACAGAUACCAUGUUGUGAACAACAUGAAGAAAACAGAUAUGAGUCAGGUCACCGAGCUGUUCGAGAAGAUCGAAGAAAUGGUGGCAGGGAACGGCGGCCGGCUCUUCUGCCCGGAGAUGAACGACGUCUACCUGAGAAUCGAUGAGAAGUUCAGGAGGAGGCAGCUGAAACAUUUGCUGAAGCAGCGACUGGCGGAGGAGUACAGAAAAAGAGAGCUGGAGCUGAUGGCAGGCUUCAGGGAAACUCUCCUCGAGCUGCAGGCUGAGGUCAGGGCAAAUGUGACGAGCACUAAAUCCAAGCUACUGAUUGGUGACAUGACCAAAAUCAAAGCCAAGGGUAUUGGCCAGAAGAAGAAAGAUGGAAAGGAGAAAGAGGAAAACAUAAACUCCAAAAUCAGCCAGGAAAUUGAAAAGCUGGACAUGAACAUAAUGAUGAAAUCCUCAGAUCUGCUUCGAGGGAGCAUAGACCUCCUGUACCCCGACUUGAAAGGAGAGAGUCCAGCACCAUCUACCGCUGAAUCUUUGUCACAGAGGAAAGAUUCAACCGACCGAGUCUUUGAUAAAGUUCUCGGUUGGAUGUCAAAACUUCAGAUCGACACAAACGAAGAGAACCAGUUGACCCUCAACUUCUCUGAGUCGUCAGGAUACAGAUCUGUGCUGCCACACGGCGACUUGGACUUUGACAUUGAAGAAUAUUCCUGAAUGAAUAUUCUCAAUUAAAAAAAAGAAGCAUUUUAGCAAUGCAGAAUUUCCACUCAGGGAAUUUUCGAUAGUCUAAGAAAAAGGUAGGCCUA